GGUUCUCUAAUGUGUACUCAACUCACGGUUAGUUCAUUCUUUGAAGAAGGCGAGUAUAGUAUGCAUAAUUAAUACGCCGUGUGGUGUGGUUUAAUGAUGCGUAACACCGAUGGAGCUUCGAGAGUCAAGCCUGACAGUCAGAAGGGCAUCCUCGACUGGCGCCAUGAAUCCAGUUAUCAUGAGGCCUCUGCAUGCCCGUCGUCCUCGGGCUCAAAUGCCUCAUCAGUUACGGAUAGUGUCUGACUUUGACGAUGAGCUACAUGCAGUCGAAGCCCAAACAAAGCACCUUACUUCCGGCCUAGCAAACUCCAUUCCCAGGAAUCUUCGUCUUGGACGUCCAUUAUCAGUGGAUGAGACAAAAUGUGCCCGUCGCGGAAGCCUAGGGAUGGGAACCACUCUCGGUCAUGGCGUGAACGUAAAUGCAAAUUUUCAAAACAGUACGACAAAUGCCUUGAUUUUAGGGGACUCGUCAAACUUGCUGAGGGUACGGCAAAUGCUUGGACAGUCAGCGCCAUCGCUCGGACCUAGUUUGCCCUCAGCUAGCUUCCAUUUAAUGAAAGAAUUUGGGGUGACAAGAAGAGGAAGCAAGUAA